AUGGAAAUAUCACGUGGAUAUGCGCCUCUUUUUAAGACACAUGUCAAGGGCUUGGCCAAAGUGAAAAUAGGGGCGCAAGAGGAAUUGUCAAUUGGUGAGAUCCACCAACUUAUUGCCUCUAGUGCAUUGAAGCCGAAUGAUGGUUUUUUGGACUAUAAAAUGCUCCUCUAUGAUGAUGCGAUUCGCUUUGAAAAGAAUGAGGAUGGAUCCUCAUUUCCAGAAAUUCCUUUUGCCAGUGUUCUUCAUUUGGUUACACUUCCCAACUUUCCUGAUGUCUGUUUUAUUCAAUUUCGGCGAAGCACUUAUAGAAUGUACGUGAUUCUCCGAUUUAUUAAAGCAAAAUACAUCUCCAAGGUGGCCAAAUUCAUUUGCUCUUGGAGCAAUGCCAAUGUUAGUGAUUCAGAGGAAAGUGUGGCCUGUACACUGGAGCCUUCGCCUCCAAACAAUGACAAGAGGUUGCAAGUGAAGAAGCGGACACAUAAUCAGCCGCCCGUGAUAGUGCAUCGCCCCAAUCCCACUGGAAGUGGUCCAAGGAAUCAGUGUCAUCGUCCUAAGGCCGAACAUACUAAUAAAAUUCUUAAAACGGAAGGCACUCAAACCAUUAUCAAAAAGUCAGUUACGAAUAAAUCAACAGGCGUAGGUCACAGCAUUCAUGUCCACACCAACCACUUUGCUCCCGACGAGGAGAAGAGAGUCACCGCCAUCGCCGUGAAGCGACAUCACUCUCUACCGGCGCCAAUAAAAGCGGAGAAGGCUCCACUCCGAAAGAGAAGUUCUUCGGAGACUAGUUCAGGAGAAACUGAGAUGGCAGGGAAUGUAGAAGUGAAUUUGCAUUGGCAACCAGGCGAGUAUACUAUCAUUGUACCCAGACAUAGGGGUUGGCCCCCAUCAAAGAAUGCAAGGAAACGAAAAAUGCCAAAAUGCCAUGCUCCAAGUCAUCCCAGAGGCGUAGGCCGCAGGAUUCCAUACAACACUUCUGAUUCCAGCACAUCCACAACGUCCUCCUCGAGUGCAGCCGACAUGGUCGACAUGCAUGGCAGAGAGGUGAAGACUAUUUAUCCAUCCUACAUGGAACCGGGCAGAAUGUCGCCCAGAUCUCGAAAUAACGAACGUCUCCUUCACGUGCUGCAUAAACCACUUAGUUUAUGA